GAUUCUUUUUAAGCUGUAUUCUUGCCGGUAUGCCUUCUCUGCCUUGCUUCUGUGUUUUUGCCCUGCCGGUUUGUGGAUUACUAGCCAGCAACAUGAUCAACAAAGCCAGCUUCCUUCUCCUCUCUGCUCUCCUCAUCUGCUGUGGAGCAGAAGACACAGUGAGUGUGGGGAACAUUAUGGGGGAUUGCCAACCUCUUGGUACCCGCUGUUUCAAGUUUGUCUCCACAGCAAGAUCUUGGGCCGAAUCUGAGCGUCACUGUGUGGCGAUGGGAGGGAACCUGGCCUCGGUGCACAGCAUAGAUGAGUACAGUUUCAUCCAGGAACUGAUCCGCAAACAGACUUACCGCAAUCUUCGUACUUGGAUCGGAGGAUAUGAUGCUGUUAAGGAGGGUCUGUGGUUUUGGAGUGAUGGGUCCAGGUUUAACUUCAUUACCUGGUCUCCUGGAAAUCCUGAUAAUUAUCUUGGAAAAGAGCAUUGUAUCCAAAUGAACCAUGGAGGUUCACGGCUCUGGAAUGAUUCCCCAUGCCAGCUAGCGAGUCCAUCAGUGUGUGCUGUCCAGAGUGUGUGAAACUGUUGGAGCUGACAAGAAAUUCUUCAAGCUCAAAAGCAAAAGCCCACUGCCCUAAACACAGACUGGGAUAGUAGUAGUGCAAGCUUCAAAUAAUCAUGUAAAUAAAGUGUUUUUCAUGCAGUGUA